AUGGCGGCCAGCCUCCCUCAAGAACUCAUCGAUGCCAUCGUCGACUACAUAUGGGACGAUAAGCCAACCCUGGGCUGCUGCGUAGCGGUAUGCCGGGCCUUCAGAGCUCGCAGCAGGUCCCUCUUAUUCUCAUCAAUCGUCCUAUCGAACGCUGCGACCUGUCGUCGUCUGUACGACGACAUCCUGACAGCCUUCCCAGAUGUCGCGUCCCUUGUGCGCAGGUUGGAAAUCGUGGAUCCCAUUCCUAAAGACCCCAGGCACCACCUCGACGACACCUGGAUCGCCUCGAGCGAGCGCCUCCCUGCAACGAUCCAGCUGCUCUCGCCUCACCUGCGGCAUAUCUCCCUGACCAGCGAGGGCUACCAUUACCAGAACCAUGACUUUACGCACGUAUUCCACUGGCGCAAGGCCACAGCCGAGUUGAAGUGCGCCCUGCUUGGCGCGUUUUCGUCGAAGGAUAUGGUUUCUAUCGAAUUGUCGGGGAUCGUCAUUAAUUCGUGCCAGGGUCUGUUUGAUCUCCUUGCGGGGUCGCCUGUGAAGAGUUUGGCUUUACCGUUAUUUUGGCAUGCCAUUCCCGAGUGUGUUAUCAGGCCGCCAGUUUCGCCGCCACAUACGCGGCCGCAGCCUCAUUCAUUGUCGGUCCGGCUGAGCGACUGCCUCAUCAAUUAUAUGCUUAGUCCAUAUGUCGCUAUCGAUGUCUGUGAUGUCAGGGAUCUGACGCUCAAGGUGCCGGGAAACUUCUCUCCAGAGAUAAGACCUGCUGCGACGAAGCUGUUUCUGACCGUGGGAAACAAUAUCGAAAAGUUGGUUGUCGAGGAAAACAUAUAUUUCGGGGACAUACCAGAGGUCUUCCAAUUGACGCAUUGCCAGAACCUGAAAGUCGUACAGUUCAUCACCACCGUCUACACGAUGGACAAUUCGUAUUGGACGUACUUAUCCAGGAUGCUUGAGACAAUUGCCCCGGAUAAUCAUAUGGAGCAAGUCCUGAUUAAGGCGGACCUCUACAGUACGGGAAAUUCGGGUAAUGUAUCGGAGUGGCUCGACUGGGGGGAUUUAGAUGAGGUUUUAACGCAACCGCGCAUGUCUUAUCUCAAAUCGGUUAGGAUCGAGCUCAGUAUCUGGGGCCAAGUGAAUGAUCAUGUUGACGACUGGUCGGAUGCAACGGAGGAGAUUAACUCGCACACGAGCAUCUCCGCAAAGUCAUGCGUUGGCCUCAUGUACCAUGGUAUUUUCAAUUUUUUUUUUCAACAAUAUGACAUCUACGUGCUCCAUGUCAGACUCAUUUUUGGUCUGACCUCUCAGCCCAAAUCUGCACGGUUAAGAUUGUAUUUACUUCCUCAAUAUUUCCGCGGAAGCAAGUUGGAAAACAAGAUCGAUCGUGAUUGGCGCGAUCGACGAUGA